ACGACACGCUGCAAUCGCACGUCCUCUUGAGCGCCUGCCGGCGGGACGAGCAAGCGCAAGAGGUGACCACGCCGCGAGGCACCUCCCGGGGACGGCAUCACGUACUCGUACUUACUGGAAGAAUCCUUCCCGGCCGUGGACUGGCAACACCCGCAGUGUCUUGGAAAGAAUCGAAAUAGGAUGCUGUGGAGCACAGCGAGCGGCGAGGUUGACGGAUUCAGAGUGAGUGGGAAGGGGAAUACUCUGGUGGUCCACGCGGGGAGGGUUCAUGGCGUCAGUUUGCGCACGAAGUUCAGCGUGCGCCAACAUGGGCAGGCCAACAAAUCGCUCGGCACGUUGGUCGUGAGGAGUCUAGACGAUCUGCGCGAGGACAAACUGCACGUGUUCGUGCCUCCAGAUGUCGCCGAAGUUGGCUCACUAAUCGGCUCGUUGCCUCCCGGGGCCUUCAUCGUCGCCGCGAAUAUGCAAACGCAGGCGGAUGUCGCUGUGCGCCGGAGUCCAAGCGGGGAAACGUUGCUGGAAAGGCUGGAUCCUCUGAUGCGGCGCUACUGCCCGCUGUUGCCUGGCGAUCUGAAUAUACUGGAUAUGCGGAAGGCCUUGGAGACGAUAUAUCACUUCAACUUCCACUUGUACAGGCAAUCGAACCGGUCUGGGCCAGAUAUCCCGGACGUCUCUGUGGAGCUAUACAAACUGCGUAAAGAGGAGAAGGGAAAGGGGAUCCAGAUGUUUGUGCCAGAAGGCGACACGAAUCUUUUUUGUCACGAAGUCGAUGUGACCGCGCACAGCCCAUCGGAAAAGCCGGCAUUGAAGGAGGCUGUUAUCACCGACUUUGAGCCCUUCUAUGGCCUCAACCUCGUCAAUCGCUCCGAUCGCAACUUUUUCCCGUACCUGUUCUAUUUCGACCCGAAUGAUUACUGCAUACAAUGCUGGUACCACCCCGAGUCGCCUACCAUGUCGGCCCCCCUGGAACAAAAUAACAGCCUGAAAGUCGGGCACGGCGCGCGCGAGGCCGGCUUGCAACGGUCCAUCAAACUAUCUUUACCUCCCAACGUAUCGUCGGACACGGGUUUUGUGAAGCUGUUUGUGACAACGGAAACUGCGCAACCAUUGUUUUUCCUGAUGUGGCUUCGCCAUCGGCUUGAGACAAAAGCAGAUCACAGCAUACGUACAAUGUUUAUUCAUACCCCACCUUGAUCAAUACUUUACAGGUUCUCGUUAAUGUUGCAAUAUUCUUUGGAGCAUUAAUUGCAUAGCUUAUACCACCGGCCACAAAUACGCGUCGUUGACGACCAAAAUCAAAAUAGAGCUGCGGAAGGAAGGUCUGUUGGUUCAAAGUCGUCUCACAGACACUUCCAGGAGAACUUCAACUGUAGUUCAGUUUAUGGAGA